UUAGGGAUGGUCAACAAUGUGAAAACAUGCCAAGAAAAGUACAAUCGUUGAUCCAAAAUUAAAAAUAUUAUCUUGUCCUUCCUUGCAAGCUCAAACCAAUGGAGGUUGUUCAGAUUCAAUUUUCAAGGAGAAAUAGGAACAACAACUAUACUCAGAGGCAUGUUGGAAGAAACGAGUAGCAUCUUUGCCAGGCUUUUUGCAUUUGCUUUGCUAUUAUUGUUACUGUCAUCAAAAUCAAAAUGUAACACUGUUGGAGAUGCACACCAAAUCCAACUACAAUUCAACCAUUCGCAUGGGAAAGUUAAACCCAUAGAUAUCGAAGAUCAUUAUCAGAAUUACGUGGCCAUAAAAAAUCUAACAUCACACAGGUUGCCAAUUCUAUGUACUGUCACAAAUUAUGAAACUACAUUCUCUGCAGAAACCAAUGUCUUUACGAGGAGAGUCAAGGCCAACGUACUUUGUGCGCUGCCUGCAAAAGGUAAAGCAACAACGGGAAACGAAUCUUCAACCAGUUACAUGUCUCGACAUAAGUAUGGAAUUGCGAGCGAACUUGCUAGUCUGAUCGGCGGCUACUCGUGGUUAAAGCCUGAAACGGUUGUCUAUGGGCAGUGUGACAGAAUCAGUGACUUAGACAUUGUUGCUUUUGAUUUGAACAGCUGCAAUCCAACGCCAAAUGCAGGAGGGAUCGUUGAAAUGGCUGCAACUUUAUCGUUUUCGACAUCCAAGCCGGUUCACUAUUAUACAGAGUUAGGCAUUUCUGCUCCAGUAAGAUCGAAUCUCAGCGAGUUUGUUAGCAUAAGCCCUGACGAGAAGAACCACAAGAAUACACAAUUAACAGGGUUUUGGAUUGAUACUUUUAAGAAAGCUACUGCAAUAAUGGCAACAGACACCACAAGGAAAAAAAAAAUGUUUCGACUUUGUAAUGCUUCUAUUGAUGAAUCGCUUAAUGAAGUUUCAGGCAAGGAUUAUGAUGCAGCCAUUGGCUUACCAGUAAUUAGGGAUUACCAAAGAAUGGUGACAGACCAGAUAUAUGUAGGACUAUCAUCUCCAUAUUUUGAGAAAGGCUCAGAUCAAUUGAGGAAGGGAGACCUUGAACUGAACCAAGUUUUUUCAUUCAUGAUGCCUUUCACCAACGUGAUGUGGUCUACUUUGUCAGCUAUGACGGUCUUCAAUGUUUUUGUUAUUUGGUUAGUUGAAUCUACAACUAGUCAUGAAUCUGGUAGUUUGCCUUUCGGACAAGUUGGAGCUAUUUUGUGGUUCCCUAUAGCAACUCUCUUCUAUGGAGGGCAUAGAGAAUCACUAAGGAACAACUUAACAUAUUUCGUGUUGGCCCCGUGGUUCAUACUGAUCCUGGUUGUUUCCUCAACCUACACACAAAGCUUUACUUCCAUGAUAACAAGCUCAGACACCGAGGCAUCACCAUGUUGGUUAGAUAUAAAAAAUCUUAAGAAAACAAAUGCCAUUGUGGGUUGUGAUAUGAAACAUUCAAUUAUGUUCCAGUAUUUAGUGAAGGUCAUUGGGUUCCAAAAAAAGAAUAUCAAGCACAUUGCUCAAUCUUCAUUUGAUGAUUAUGCAAAGGCUCUAUCAACUGGAAAUAUAAAGGCAGCAUUCUUUUGGACGCCUGAUGAUCGCUUUUUUCUUGCAAAAUACUGCAAAAGUUUCGGAAACCCAAACUGUAAUCGACACGGUUCUUCCAUUGUAUUUCAACGGGGAUCUUCGUUUGUUAAUGAGAUGCUAGAGGCUGUGCUGGGAUUCAAGCAGAUGAAGGAAGAAGAUUUAGAUAUGCUAUCUCUUUCAGAUUGUUCGAGUUCAACUAGUGAUGGCACCAUGAAACGAGGCAUAGGACCCGGACCUUUCUCAGGUUUGUUUUUUUUAUCAGGAUCGGCAUCUACAAUUGCGUUGUUAAUCACGGUCUUUCGACUGUUGAGACGUGGUUGGGAGAGGUUGGUUCAAGGAAUGUUGAUGGAUAGAGGAAUUUGGGUUUGGCUGUCAACUUUGUUUUGUCGAAGCCAGAGGGGAAAUCAGCUCCAAAUUCAGCUAGUAAGGAUUUAAAUAGAUGAAUUUUCGAUUUUUUAUUGUGAUUAUAGACUUUAAUGGAUACUCCUCGUUAAUGCCACAAAUACACAAGGCAUUCAAUCUAUAUUAUUAUAGAUACUUAAAAUUUUCUUA